CAGAGAUACUACUUUUCCUCUGCCAAAGAAUUGAUGCGAAUUAAUGGGACCACCAAAUCAUCGGUGGCAAACCAUUUGGCUGAAUCUCUAGCUGGAUCAAUGACAAUCAGGGCUUUCAAACAGGAGGAUAGAUUCUUUGCGAAGAACCUCAAGCUAGUUGAUGUUAAUGCCAGUCCCUUUUUUCACAACUUUGCAGCUAAUGAGUGGUUGAUUCAAAGGCUAGAAGCAAUAAGUGCAACUGUUCUUGCCUCAUCUGCACUUUGCAUGGUUUUGCUUCCACCUGGGACUUUCAGCUCAGGUUUAAUUGGGAUGGCAUUAUCUUAUGGUCUAUCGCUUAACAUGUCCCUAGUUUAUUCCAUCCAGAACCAGUGCACCAUAGCAAAUUAUAUCAUUUCAGUGGAAAGAUUAAAGCAGUACAUGCAUGUACCAAGCGAAGCUCCUGAGAUCAUGGAAAACAAUCGCCCUCCUAUCAAUUGGCCGACAAAGGGUAGAGUGGAAAUACAAAAUUUGCAGAUCCAGUACGGGGAAGGUAGCCCACUUGUUCUACAAGGAAUUAGUUGUACCUUUGAGGGAGAACACAAGAUUGGCAUUGUAGGUAGGACAGGGAGUGGGAAGACUACUCUUAUUGGCGCUCUUUUCCGUCUUGUAGAGCCAACAGGUGGUAGGAUUGUUGUGGAUGGAAUUGACAUAUCUAAGAUUGGACUUCACGAUUUGAGGUCUCGCUUUGGGAUUAUUCCCCAAGACCCUACCCUUUUUCAUGGAACUGUGAGAUACAAUCUAGAUCCACUAUGUCAACACACUGACCAGCAAAUAUGGGAGGUCCUUCAGAAGUGUCAGCUCAAAGAGGCUGUGGAGGAGAAAGAGAAACGGCUUGAUUCAUUGG